GAGCGCAGCGUGGAUUUGGAGAUGUCCAGGCGGGAUUACGCACGACGGCACGAUCCACGCAGAAGCCUCUCGUAGCCGGACGGGACACUCUCCAGCUGGAGUGGACACAGAUUUAACUUCUGACUUGGUGGAAGCGAUUGUUUCCUUCUCACAAUUUCCUCUGUGAGAGUCGGAUCUACCAGCAGCAGCAGCAGCGGGUCUGGAUGUCCGGUCCUCCUCCUCUCACACUCGGGUCACGGUGACUACAGAGGAAUGGAAACGAUGUAAACAGCUGGUGGGACAAAACAAACUCUGCAGUACAACAGUUUAUUUUUGUUAGAAAGAGAGAGAGAGAGAGAGAGAGAGAGAGAGAGAGAGGGAGAGGGGGAGAGAUGAUCCCGCCGGCCAACAUGGCUCAGGAUGAAAGUGGGGACAAAGAGGACGAACAGGAGCAGGAUGAGACGCCAAAAUCCCCCAAGAGUGCGAACCCCAGUCAGCAGGAAACCAAGAAUACUGUGAGGCCUGAACACCAGAAGCGCAAGCUGCAGAGACUCAAACGAUCCCUGUCCUUCAAGACCAAGAGCAUCCGCAGCAAGAGUGCAGACAACUUCUUCCGCACCAGCAACGACAACAAGACGGAGCUGCUCGCCGACGUGAGCAGCAGCACGGGCCACCUCUGCAACAUCGGGAUGGCCCCGCCACACAACACCAAUCACCCCAUCCCGCCGGUGCCUCCGGCCAUCCCCUGCGCUCCUCCUCCUACGUCGCGCUCCCAGUCACGCAACCCGCUGCAGGUGGACUCUGCGGGACACUGCUUCAUGGAGCACAUCUUCAAGAAGCCGACGUUCUGUGACGUGUGCAACCACAUGAUCGUAGGUACCACAGCCAAACAUGUGGUGUUCCUGGCAGGAAACACGGCAAAGCACGGCCUGCGUUGCAAAGCCUGCAAGAUGAGUCUCCACCACAAAUGUGAAAACGGAGUGGGACAGCAGCGCUGCAUGGGCAAACUGCCAAAAGGCUUUCGGCGGUACUACAGCUCCCCAUUAUUGAUCCAGGAGCAGUACGGCUGUAUCAAAGAAGUCAUGCCCAUCGCCUGUGGGAAUAAGGUGGACCCCGUGUACGAGGCCUUGAGGUUCGGAACGUCUCUGGCACAGAAAGCUAAAAGGCCCAGCGGCUCUGAGUCUCCUCACAGAAACUCGACCAGUGACUUGGAUAAGGUUCCUGAGGAGGUGGUGGCUCACAGCAGUCGACAGGAGCUGUCAAGAAAACACAGUGACGACGUUUUCACAGUCAUUGAGAACGGCACGGAGCUUUAUCACCAGCCAGAGAGAAAACCUGAUGAUUUCCCGUUGGAGCAGAGCCAGCUACAGAAAGACAUCCUCAAACUCAACACCUAUGUGGCCUUGUUCAGUUUCACUCCCCAAGAGAGCCAUGACCUGGAGAUGAGAGCAGGAGACAGGAUCUUAUUGGCUGAUGACUCUAACAAUGACUGGUGGAAGGGGGUAAUUGAGGAUAGGAUCGGCUUCUUCCCAGCAGCCUUUGCGCAUCAUGUGCGGGCCGAGGAUCAAGUGUUCAGGUGCAACAGGACAUUCAUCGGCUGCAAGGAACAAGGCCAGAUCACCCUGAAGGAAGGACAGAUCUGUGUGAGCAGUGAGGGCGAGCACAGCGGCUUCAUCAGAGUGGAGAGUGGAAAGAAAACAGGCUUUGUGCCCUGUGACGUCCUGGAAAUCAUCUGAGAGACACACUUAGAGAGAAGAGAGAGAGAGAGAGAGAAAAAGUUAGAAAGAAAGAGGGAAGGAAGUUAGGACCAGUCGCCUCAGAGGGAGGAAACUGAAAUGAAAAGACAAGACACCAGUGAUGGGGUUUGACAGAAAAAGUGAUGCUGGUUUUGUCAUUGAAGACUCCAGGUCAGAGUCUCUGCACCUUCCUCACUCGCUCUCAGCACAAACAGAUGCUGAGGUGAUGUUUGUUAGACCACAGGAGAUCACUGGAUUUGAUUGUAUUAGAGCCAACGAGUUUUUCCACUUAGUCUUAUUCUGUUUAUUUUCUGAAAUAAAUAUUGGAUAUUUAUGCCUGAGAAAAGGAAACAAACACCACAUUUUUUUAUUUUUAAGAUUUGGUUACACACAGUGGCAUAUACGGGGCCCUUUCAAAACUUGCUCUAAAUAUAAUUGAGGAAAUAAGAAAACAAUAACUUACUUUCUAUUAAGCCUUAAUUACCCUAAACAUCUGUUGAAAGAACUUCCUGUAUAACCUCCAGCGUACAGUUACAGUCCUAAAAAAAGUUUUUUCCACAUGUUUCUGGUGAGAAACAGAGAUGUGGAGGAGUAUUUCCAGAGGAGUUUGACACAUCGAAAAAGACUUCAGUAAUUCUCUCUGGUCUUCCAACAACAUCACCCUCACGCAGAAAUAUCUUCCUCACCGCAAUCCAGAGUUUUACAUUAUGUUGAUGGUAAAAUACAUUUUCAUAAUCAUCAAUCAGAAACUAAUAAAGUCAGUUUGAGUAGGCACUAUACUUCUCAUUUACCAAAUUUAACAUUUUACAUUUUCUCCAAGCUGCAGAAUCUACUAGAUUUAUAUAUUUCAGGAUUGUCUUCGUUGAUUAUUGAUUGAUUUAAUCUCUCUUUUUGAUUCUUUCCACCAAAUAUUACAUCUCUUUGUUAACAUGAGAGGGUGAGAGGUAAGGUACAGCUCUGGGUUAGGGACUCUGGUUUUUUAUUUUAAUUUGUCGAUCAAAGCCCAUGUGAGCCGAUGGAGAAGACUUGUGAACGCACAAUGGUGCCUAUAAGAAAAAGAGACAUUUCCAGUCAGCGUGUUAACUUUAAAUACGAUCCCUCUCUUGUCGUGUGCAUUUCUGGCAGGGUGUUGCAUCUUAGUAGAUAUAGUAUAUCUCUUAAAGGCUGUUCUGCACUGAAACUUGGCUUUAGUGAAUGUCCAAGAAUACUAUAUUGUACAUAAUGUAUGUAUGAGAUUAAA